AUGCGAUUAUCGGCGCGUGCGGGAAAGGCUAGCAGCGGCAGUAGGCUCUGCCGCGUCUCGGCGGGAUAUCAUAGGCACAGCUGGAGGCCGAACGCCGUCAUCAGCACCAGAAGCCUGGAGCUUGCCCGCGCGAGGGAGAAAACUGCCGGUGGGCUGGCCUCCAGCCAGUCACCAUGGGAACCUCCAGGGGCCACGGUCGAAGCGUGCCCCGAGGGGCCGGACGCCGAUGACUCGCGUGCUGCCUGUUGGGAACCAUGGGGCCGGACCUCUGCCUGGCUCGCGAAGCAUGUCCAACGCCGCGCCCAGCGCGCGGAGGAGCACCACUGCCCCCGAGAGCUGGUGCGCCUGCCCGACAGCUGCUCACUGCCCCCCGUGUGGCCGCGGCGCGGCCGCGCGAGGCUGGCCGGCCGGCGGGCCCGCGGUGCCGGCGCCCUCCCUCACGACAGCAUGCUGGCCCGGUUCGUGGGCUGCCUGUGCAGAGGCAGGCGGCAGAGGUAUGCAUGCCUGCGGAGUGCUUCUGAAGUGCUCAGCUACAACGUUGGGAUGAUUAGCACGUGCGAGACAGGACUGCAAUGGCAGCGUGCUCUGUCGCUGCUCAGCCAGAUCUGGGAGGCGAAGGUGGUGCCCAACGGCAUCAGCCGCAGCGCUGGAAUUCUGGCUUGCGAUAGAAACGGGCAAGGACAACGGGCGAUUUGGCUACACAAGGAGACAUACGAUUAG